AUGGAACUGCUUUACAGAUACAUGAAAUUGGUGUUGGAUGUGUUUUGUGGCUUCCGCCUUACCAUCGUUCCAACGGAGAGGGGUUUCGUUCCCCUUUGCUUGUCAUCAACACUUACAACCCGCGGCAUUCAAAUCCUUCGAUUUAAUUUCUUACAAUCUUUCUGGUCGAGUUCACAAGACUCAUUAAAAGGCGUAUACUCUACCCCGCUUAGACAUGGAAGUCGUGCUCAGUGCAGAACAAACUACUCGCUUGAGAGUCGCCGAAAUCUAUGGGAUGCAAGUCAGUCCCGAUUAGAACACAUAUUUAAGCUCAACUUGUCAAGAUUUGAUGCGUACGAUUGGGGACAGGCAAGACCUUGUGAAUACCGAAUUACUCGCCAAUCAUAUCUUGAUCUAAUAGAAAGAUUGGGUCUUCAUGCCAAUACUUUUCAUCCUAACUCGCGUAUCAGAAAUGGAUUGCUGCAAGCAUCAUCACCAGCUCCACCGCCACCUACUCAACAACUACAAACUGUGAAGCGUCGUUGUGGGAUUUCCGGUACCCAAUUGACGAAAGUUGAUGAAACGAUCAGAACCGUCUCUGUUCCACCUAGUGAUGGAUAUUCGCGAUUAGGUAUCGUGAAGAUUCUCGGUUGUGAAUACUCUGAGUCUCCACGACGAUAUGACAGCAAUCAAUCCGGAUAUCACCACCAAAUUGCACCUUCAACUGCCUUUCUCACCUAUCAUUUAUUUAUUUCUCUUUCACGUCUCCGACAUAUCUAUCUUACUUCUCAAAAAGCCGACCUUAUCCAACGUCUGCUCGCCAGAUUCCACGUCGUCAUGGUACCAGAGACUGCCCUGAAGAAGCAUGAGCUUGGUGCAGGCUGCAUUGUAAAAUUACGCAGAAAGAAAGCCGAAAAUACUUGCGAAGGAAUUUGUUCGGAGAAUCGUUGCCCGAAUUUCUGCACGCAGUGUCUAAAUGGGUGUGAUGAUACCGCCAAACAUUGCAAAUUGGAGAAGAUGUCUUAUGGGCAUCCAGCUCUGGUUUUGGGUAUAAGAGAGAGGCAUAGUACAACUUAUGUUACCUUUGUAAUUAUUUCAGCGCUGGGGAGCGACUUCGGUACCUUUCAAGAAUUCUUGAACAAACGCGGAGAUCCUGGAGCACUCACCCCUUGCGCCUUUGGCCCAAAAUGUCGCUGGCGACCCGAAGAAAACAAUUAUGGAUUAAAAUAUGCCGUUGAGCCCAGUGGGAUAAAUUUUACAAAGCGUUGUUACCUCCAACUUCAGCACAGGUAUACUCUCAAAAUUGACUCUUUCGUAACAUUUAAGCCCAAGAAUCAUCCCGGCACUAAGCAUGCUUAUGGUUUGAGAUUUACCGAAGAUUCUUAUUGCAAGAUUAUGAAGAGAAUUGGACUGGAGAAAGAAAAGUUUGUUCCAACUAAUGAUCUAAAAAGAGGGAGAGGGGGCGCUACAGGAACCACAACCACUCUUGAUACAGGGUCAUUGCCUUCUGUCGAUAUUGACAAGCGUCCCUAUUGCACUUGA